GAGGCUUCUGGGUAACAGUUUAUCCCCGCCCCCUGCGUCGGCCCUUUCCUUUCGCUGCCAGACGUCGCAGAGGUCGCACGCGUGUACCCUGUGUGCCGCCACCGUCGACAUGCGCUACGUGGCCUCUUACUUACUGGCCGUCCUCGGAGGCAACUCCUCUCCCAGCGCCAAGGACAUCAGGAAGAUCCUGGACAGCGUGGGCAUUGAGGCAGAAGAUGAUCGGCUUAAUAAGGUCAUCGGUGAACUGAAUGGGAAAAACAUUGAAGAUGUAAUCGCCCAGGGGAUUGGCAAGCUUGCCAGUGUGCCGGCUGGUGGGGCUGUCGCCGUCUCUGCUGCCCCUGGUUCUGCAGCUCCUGCUGCGGGUUCUGCCCCUGCUGCAGCAGAGGAGAAGAAAGAAGAGAAGAAGGAGGAGUCUGAGGAGUCUGAUGAUGACAUGGGAUUUGGCCUAUUUGAUUAAAUUCCUUCCCCUCUGCCAAUAAAGCCUUUUUAUGUAUCUUAA